AUGGAUUUAUUGAAAGAAAUUCAAGAGAGAAUCGCUGAAAUUCAAACACUAUAUCCCGAUCACAUGAACUGCGGCCAAUCGUCGAAAUUCACUACGUGCCAACCGUUGAAAUUUGCUGCAUUCUUGGAGAAGUUAAAAGAACUGGCUGGCCGAUGUGGAUCUGAAAAAAAAAACAAUCAUUACACUUCUUGUCCGAAAAAUAAACGGAUUUGCUGGCCAGAGAUGUCGGUUAUCAUAAGUAAAUGCGGGCCAGAUACAUGCCAAUGUGCGAUGGUACGUCUUUAUCAUCAUCAAUUAAAAUUAAUGCUCGAUGGGGUCGUCAAACAACAUGGUCCAGACAACGAUGGCGGAGAAACAAAUGCCGGAGGAAAACAACAAUAG